AUGGAUCCAAAUAGCGGUAGUGAAGUUGAGCCGGAUGAAGAUGUUGAGGAGGAUAUUUCCUUGCGCCCUCUGCUUAACCCGAGUAACGUUGUCGCCGAGGAUAUAAACGAGUUGAAGCUUACAGAGGCCUCGGAACUCAUGCGCUUAGACGCUGAAGAGGACCAAGCCAUUCGAACUAUUGCUGCGGGUGAAGUUGACGUUUUAUAUUUUGAUUGGUGCGCUGAUAUCAAAAAUUUUGAGGGCGUCAGGGAGGAGUUCACUGGAUCGUCAGGCCCAACUUUUGACCACUCGGGGUUGUCACCACUGCAGGUCUUCGAAGAAAUCUGGGAUACCAAUAUAAUCGACCUCAUUGUUACUGAAACGAACAGAUACGCGAAUAAUCUUAAAUCUAAAAGAUCUGGAAAGCUCACGUCCAGGAUGAAGCGGUGGAAGGACGUUGACAGGGAGGAAAUGUGGCAAUUCCUUACCAUAUUGUUGCUUCAAUCUGUAGUAGUAAACAACGUGGAGCGCGAAUACUGGUAUCCCAGCAAUGAACAAAUGCGGAUUGGGGAUUUUGGCAAAAUCAUGCCCUAA